CUUGUGGCUGUUGUGGCCGUGUCCCAGCGUUCCUUCUUUCCCCGGGACACCGGCGCCAGGGCAAGCACCGUGACUGCGGUACAGACCCUGGGUUCGGGUUGUUACCGGGCUGCCCGUGGUGCCAUGGACACAGCGUUACCCACAGCACUGCCAGGCAAACAGUUCCAUGGACCCCUUCCCCACGGACGUACUGUCACACACGCAGUCCCACGCACAGGGUUCCCAUGUACACGAGUGCAAUGCUUUAUGGCCCCACGCGUGCAUCCUGCCAGCCACAGCCACUGGUGCUGCCGUGGGCUGGGCCCAGCUGGGGGCCUGCAGUGACCCCAGUGCAGCUGGGGGUCCCUGGGUGCGUGCAGUGUGGGGGUCCCCACUUGCAUGUGUCCCAUCCCUUGGGGGGCUCAAGGGUCACAUCCAUGUCCCAGCUCCCUGCGGCCCCCAGCGCGUGGACCAGGCACCACUGUGCUGUGAGCGGGGGGCAGUGGCUGAGCUGAGCCCCUGGCGGGGGUCUCACGCACCCCGAACCCAGCGGCUCUGAGCCGAGCUAGGGGAGCGUGUGACCGUACCCAUGUGCACGCACACAUGCCCGCACGUGAACGCACGUGCCCACCCGCAGGCCCACCCCGGGGCCGUCCCGCGGGGUGGGGCUAUGCAAAGAGGUUCCCUUCUUAUCCCCCCGCUGCCGCUGCCUUCGCCUCUCCCCGAGCCCGAGCGCAGGGAACAUGAGGCUGCACGGGGCCAUCGUGCUGCUGGCGGCACUGCUGGCCCUGGCCACGGCACAGCAGCGAACCAGUGGCCGGAGCCGUGGUGGAGGUCAGGGCCCGGUGUGGGGUGGCCGCCCGGCGCCGUUCCGGAGCUGGGAUGCGGCACGGUACCGCCCGUGGCAGGAGGGGACGGCCCGACAGAGCGACUGCUGGCGAGGCGGCGACGUCACCUUCGACAUCAGCAACGACGCUCCCACCAUGGCGGGCGCCAAAGCCACCUUCUCCAUCGCGCUGCGCUUCCCCAGCACCCAGACGGCGCUGCCCGACGGCCGCGUGGUGUGGAGCCAGAACUGCACCGUCAACGGCACCCGCGUGGUGCGGGGGGACCCCGUGUUCCCGGAGCAGCUGGCUGAGGGCUCGGACGGCGUCUUCCCCGACGGGCAGCCCUUUCCCCGCAGCGCCUGGGGCAAACGAGGGAGAUUCGUCUACGUCUGGUGGACGUGGGGGCGCUACUGGCAGGUGGUGGACGGACCGGCGUCGCAGCUGACGGUGGGGACGGACGGGGUGGCCCUGGGCUCCUACACCAUGGAGGUGGUGGUUUACCACUACCGCGGCCGCCAGAAGUUCAUCCCCAUCGGCCACGCCAGCACGCAGUUCAGCAUCACCGACCAGGUGCCCAUUGCGGUGGACGUGACGCAGCUGGAGGCGGCGGCGGGGGACGGCGGACGCUUCGUGCGCAACCGCCCCGUGGCCUUCAGCGUGCGGCUGCACGACCCCAGCCGCUACCUGCGCGACGCCGACAUCUCCUACUCGUGGGACUUCGGGGACCAGAGCGGCACGCUCAUCUCCCGCAGCCCCACCGUCACCCACACCUACCUGCAGGCCGGCUCCUUCGCCGCCCGCCUGGUGCUGCAGGCGGCCAUCCCGCUCAGCUCCUGCGGCACCUCCGUGUCCCCCGUUGUGGACCCCACCACCGGGCCCGUGCCCUCCUUGGGACCCACGGCCACGCAGCCCGCGGAGCCCACGGGAUCCGGCACCGCCGUGGCACCUGGCACCCCCACGGGAUCCGGCACCGCUGUGGCACCCGGAACCACUGCGGCACCUGGCACCGCCGCAGAACCCGGAACCUCCGGGGCACCAGCGGAACCCACGGGGGUCUCAGUGGCUGUGCCCUCAGACGAUGAAGCUGUCUCUGACCCGGUGCUCAGCACCGAGGUGGCUGGCGCAGCAGACGGUACAGAUCCCACUGCAGAUCCCCUGCCCCCCGCCUCGGUGUCCCCAGGUGGGGACGCUCUGGGCACUGUGGCCCCCACAGCAGCGGAGGAAAGCGUGGCAGCAGGUGCAGGGACAACGGGGGAUGUGGCUGCAGCCACUCCUGGAGCCACCGCUGAGGACAUGGCUGUGGACGCAGCCACAGCUGGAGCCACAGAUGGGGACGCAGUUGGAGCCACAGCUGCAGCCACGGCCGAAUCCAUAGCAGAUCCCACAGCUGGAGCCACAGCUGGAGCCACAGCUGUAUCCGCUGGCAGUGCCACAGCUGGAGCCACAGCUGUAUCCGCUGGCAGUGCCACAGCUGGAGCCACAGCUGGAGCCACGGCGGAGCCGCUGCUGCUGGUGAAGCGCCAGGCGCCCGAGGCUGAGCCCAGCGGCUGCGUUCUGUACCGCUAUGGCACCUUCUCCACUGAGCUCAGCAUCGUCCGUGAGCACCGG